AUGAUGUUCAGAGACCAGGUAGGUAUCCUCACGGACUGGUUCAAGGGCUGGAACGAGUGCGAACAGACCGUAGCACUGUUGUCCCUCCUCAAGAGGGUAUCCCGAACGCAAGCUCGUUUUUUACACAUAUGCCUUGAGCACUGGUUGGCGGACUGCACGGAGAUCCACAUUCUGGAAGCAGAGGCCAACAAUGCAGCCAUAGUCAGCCAGUGGCACCAGGAGCCUAAAGAGAAAGUGGUAUCCUUGCUCUUAUCCCAUCUGCCUUUGCUGCAGCCCCGUAACAGCGAGGCCAAAUGUGAGUACAUGAAGCUGCUGCAGAAGGUGUUGAGUCACACCAUUGAGAGUAGCUUGUUUGUGGAGGAGAGCAGACAGCUACUGUCCUACGCACUCAUCCACCCUGCCACCACGCUGGAGGACCGCACGUCCUUGGCUAUGUGGCUUAACCAUUUGGAGGAGCACCUCUCCGGCGGCUAUACGCCAUCCACACGGGCGCCCCCGAGCCCGUACCACCCCCGUCAAGGCUCAGACGAAUGGCCCAACCCUGCCGAGGCCCUGGAGCCUGGUCACGCCUGGCACGAAAAGUCCCCCUCAUCAAGCACGUCUCCUGCAGGCCAGAACGGGCACAUAGCUUUUCCUGGUGGAUUGUCCUCUCCUGUCAACAGCAAUAACACAGGACUGGGCGGGCAGAUGCAGCCAAGCCCUCUGAAGAAGUCAAUCAUCCCCUCGAGUCCGCAGGGAUGUGGCUCUGAGUGGCUCAGUCAGGAUGACACGGGGAAUAGGCAGAAUUUCCACCCGACAGACCACGCUCCCCUUUCCCCGCAAAGCAGCGUGGCUUCCUCGGGCAGUGAACAAACAGAAGAGCAGGGUUCGGCACGCAACACCUUCCAGGAGGACGGCAGCGGCAUGAAAGAUGUUCCCGCAUGGUUGAAAAGUCUUCGCCUUCAUAAAUAUGCCUCACUUUUCUCCCAAAUGACAUAUGAGGAGAUGAUGAUUCUCACAGAACAUCACCUAGAAUCACAGAACGUCACCAAGGGCGCGCGGCAUAAAAUUGCCCUGAGCAUUCAAAAACUGCGUGAGCGGCAAAGUGUGCUCAAGUCUUUAGAAAAGGAUAUUUUGGAAGGAGGAAACCUGCGCAACGCCUUGCAGGAGCUGCAGCAGAUCAUCGUGACACCCAUUAAGGCUUAUAGCACUUUGACGCAAACCCCACAAGAUCCGGCAAACGCCCCUUCGGACACGGCAAAAUCGGAUACUGAUAAAGAAGCUGCCCCUGAGGGAUUCCAUUCCCAUAACACGCCUUCCUGUGAUGGAGACUCCUCAGUGACGCCCAUCUCAGAUGGCGACAUUGCCGGACAAUUCACCCGAGUCAUGGGGAAAGUCUGCACGCAGCUGCUCGUGUCCAGGCCGGAUGAGGAGAAUAUCAGCUGCUACCUCCAGCUCAUUGAGAAGUGUCUAAUACAUGAGGCUUUCACAGAAACGCACAAGAAGCGUCUAGUUUCAUGGAAGCAGCAGGUCCUCAAAUUGCUUCGCCUGGUCCCUCGGAAAGCCAUGCUGGACAUGCCCGUGUACCGACAGAAAGGCUGGGCCUAUGGGUCCAACUCCCUCCCCACAGCAGGCUCUGUGAGCGGAGGUGUGGCUCGGCGGGGACAGAGGCAAUUCCAGAUAACCCCGCGUGGACUCCAGGCAGGACGCAUAGGUUUGCUGAGUCCGGGUGGAAUUGGUGGCGCUUCUCCUCGCCACACGCUCACUAACCCUGCACUGGCAGGCCAGGGUCGACAAAGCCUGUGGUUUGCCAACCCUGGGGGCAGUAACAGCAUGCCAAGUCAAAGUCGUAGCUCUGUGCAACGGACCCACUCGCUUCCAGUCCACACUUCUCCGCAAACCAUGCUCAUGUUUCAGCAGCAAGAUUGCCAAGUUCCAGGCGCUGACCUGGAAAUCAACCCUACGCUGGAGUCGCUGUGCCUCAGUAUGACGGAGCACGCCUUAGGGGAUGGAACUGACCGGACAUCGACGAUAUGA